AUGCUACAUCACCCGACCGAAGAGGUCGAAUUACCAGAGACUGUCGAGAAACGACCUACCGAACAAGAUCCUGCCUUCGCUCCCGUGAAGACAACUACAAGCUCGCGACCGAAACUGUCUGGCAAGAUGACGGAGGAAGACUUCUUCCGUACAUUAUCACGUAGGAGAACUAGUCAGACCAGCGGUCUCAACAGAGCCCCAACACAAGAAGACGAGGACGACAGAGAAGAAAUUGAUCGUCUCAUGUCACGCAUGUUUGGCAAGAGUCGACAAGAACACUCCGAGGAAGAGCAGACGAGACACGUGGGUGUCAUUUUCAAAAACCUUACAGUGAAAGGUGUAGGCCUUGGUGCAGCUUUGCAGCCAACUGUUGGAGAUAUCUUCCUUGGUCUGCCUAGGAAGAUCAAGAAUCUGGUUUCUAGGGGGCCUAAGAAAGCUGCCGGAAAGCCCCAAGAAAGAACCGUUCUUUCUGAUUUUAGCGGAACCAUUAAGUUUGGAGAGAUGCUGCUUGUGCUUGGUCGUCCUGGAUCUGGAUGCACCACUCUGCUAAAGACACUCGCCAACCAAAGAGCUGGAUAUACCUCGAUCGAUGGAGAAGUCACUUAUGGCGGCACCCCCGCAGAGGAAAUGGGCAAGAAAUACAAGGGCGAGGUUCUCUUCAUCCCUGAUGAGGACUUGCACUAUGCUACAAUCACAGUCAAAAAUACCUUGUCGUUUGCUCUAAAGACUAAAACACCUGGAAAGGAAUCCCGUCUGGAAGGAGAGUCUCGAGGAGCGUACGUCAAGGAGUUCUUGCGAAUCGUGACGAAGCUUUUCUGGAUCGAGCACACACUGGGCACCAAGGUCGGCAACGAAUACAUCCGUGGUGUAUCUGGUGGUGAGAAGAAGAGAGUCACAAUUGCGGAAGCCAUGGUCACAAGAGCUAGUGCGCAAUGUUGGGACAACUCAACUAAAGGUCUCGACGCCAGUACAGCUUUGGAGUAUGUCCAGAGUUUGCGAUCUCUGACCAACAUGGCUCGCAUUUCCACUGCCGUUGCUCUAUACCAAGCAGGAGAGUCUCUCUACGACUGUUUCGACAAAGUGGUGUUGUUGCAUGAGGGAAAAUGCUGCUACUUCGGCCAUACCGAGGACGCUGUCGAAUACUUCAAAGAGCUCGGCUUCGUACAACCCGAUCGCUGGACUUCUGCUGACUUCAUCACCUCCGUCACAGACGAACAUGAGCGCCAUGUCAAAGAGGGCUGGGAAGACAAGAUUCCUAGAUCUGGCGAAGACUUCGACCGUAUCUUCCAACAGAGCGAACAGAAGAAACGCAACCUCAAAGAGAUUGAAGAGUUUGAAGGCGAGACUCAGAAAUUGGCUGAAGCAAGACAUGAAGCUCAGACUAAGGCUACCAAGAAGAAGAACUUUGAGGUCUCGUUCCCUAAGCAGGUUAUGGCUUGUACUCAACGUCAAUUCCUGGUUAUGGUUGGUGACAAGCAGGCGACUGUAGGCAAAUGGGGUGGUAUCGGAUUUCAAGCCCUUAUUGUUGGAUCACUGUUCUAUAACCAACCAAAGACCGUUCUCGGGGCCUUCCCUCGCGGGGGUGUGAUGUUCUUUUCACUACUGUUCAAUGCUCUCCUGGCUCUCGCUGAAUUGACAGCCGUUUUCCAGUCUCGACCCAUUCUUCUCAAGCACAAGAGCUAUCAAUUCUAUCGCCCGUCUGCCUUCGCAAUUGCUCAAACUGUUGUCGACAUUCCAUUGGUCUUUGUACAGGUCUUCAUCUUCGAUAUCGUGGUAUACUUCAUGUCUGGCCUGCAGAGAACGGCUUCACAAUUCUUCAUCUCGUUGAUGUUCCUGUGGAUUGUCACGAUGACCAUGUAUGCUCUGUUCAGAGCUGUGGGAUCACUCGUGGCGUCGCUCGAUGUUGCUACUCGUAUCACUGGACCAGUCAUCCAAAUUUUGGUGGUUUACACUGGCUAUUUGAUUCCGCCUCGAAAAAUGCAUCCUUGGUUCGCGUGGCUGCGCUGGGUCAACCCCGUUCAAUACGGAUUCGAAGGCUUGAUGGCCAAUGAGUUCUACAACCUUGAACUACAAUGUGUACCACCUUACCUGGUUCCGCCGAAUGCUCCUUCUGCCGAGUACCAGUCAUGUGCUCUGCAGGGAAGCACUCCUGGCUCGCCAGUUGUCAAUGGCGCCGACUAUAUCCAAACCGCCUUUACUUACUCGCGCAGCCAUUUGUGGCGCAACUUCGGCUUCAUUUGUGCUUUCUUCUUGUUCUUCGUUGCUCUGACCGCUAUUGGUAUGGAGCUGCAGAAACCAAACAAAGGUGGAGGCGAGGUGACAGUGUUCAAGCGAGGCCAAGUACCUAGAUCCGUGGAGAAAGAUGUCGAGACUGGAGGCAGAGCCUCUGAUGAGGAAUCCGGGGAGGCAAACUCAGGCCAGGUUGAUGCAACACCAAACAAUGACGAAGCUCGUAAGGAGUCAGACUCCGAUGACACUGUCGCGGCAAUCGGCAAGAACGAAACCAUCUUCACGUGGCAGAAUGUCAACUACACCAUCCCUUAUGAGGGAGGAGAGCGCACGCUUUUGCAGGAUGUGUCCGGAUUUGUGAGACCUGGGAAGUUGACAGCUCUUAUGGGUGCUUCAGGAGCUGGCAAGACAACUUUGUUGAACACCCUCGCUCAGCGCAUCAACUUUGGUGUAGUAUCUGGAGAUUUCCUGGUCGACGGCAAGCCCUUACCGAGAAGUUUCCAGCGAGCUACUGGUUUUGCUGAGCAGUCUGAUGUUCACGAGCCAACUGCUACGGUCAGGGAGGCAUUGAGAUUCUCUGCGAAACUUCGUCAGCCCAAGGAGGUCUCGCUCGACGAGAAGUACGACUAUUGCGAGAAAGUCAUUGACUUGCUUGAGAUGCGAGACAUCGCUGGUGCCACUAUCGGGAAGGUUGGCGAAGGUCUCAACCCUGAGCAACGUAAACGUCUUACUAUUGCCGUCGAGCUCGCUUCCAAGCCUGAGCUGCUGAUGUUCCUUGAUGAGCCGACUUCCGGUCUUGAUUCAGGCGCUGCGUUCAACAUUGUUCGCUUCCUCAGAAAGCUUGCCGACGCUGGCCAGGCUAUCCUGUGCACAAUCCAUCAGCCUUCGAGUGUUCUUUUCGAAGAGUUUGAUGAAUUGCUUUUGCUCAAGAGUGGUGGACGUACAGUCUACCACGGCGAGCUUGGCGAUGGCUCGAAGAACCUGAUCACAUAUCUCGAAAAGAACGGAGAGCAAGAAUGUCCUGCCGAUGCCAACCCGGCUGAGUGGAUGCUUGAAGCCAUUGGUGCAGGAAACCCUGACUACAACGGACCCGACUUUGGCGACCUCUGGGAGAAAUCCAAAGAGAAGGAACAGCAACAGCAAGAGAUCAAGAGCAUGAUUCAAGAACGCCGCAAGGCUUCAGAUGGAGCUAAAACAGACGAUGACCGCGAGUACGCUAUGCCACUCGGUACACAAAUCAACACCGUUGUCAAAAGGUCUUUCAUCGCGUAUUGGCGCUCUCCUCAAUACGUGGUCGGCAAAUUCAUGCUACAUAUAUUUACCGCCUUGUUCAACGGCUUCACCUUUUGGAAUCUGGGCAACUCGCAAAUAGACAUGCAGAGUCGACUCUUCUCUAUCUUCAUGACACUGACUAUUUCGCCACCUUUGAUCCAGCAGUUACAACCAAGGUUCUUAAACUUCAGAGAUCUCUACCAGUCGAGAGAGGCGAACUCGAAAAUCUAUAGUUGGGUUGCCUUUGUUAUCGGUGCGAUUGUUGUUGAGAUUCCUUACUCACUCGUUGCCGGAACUAUUUAUUGGUGUGCUUGGUACUUCCCACCCGGUUUCCCUCGCGGUACAUACAGAGCAGCAUCAGUCUGGCUCUUCAUCAUGUCAUUCGAGCUCUUCUACAUUGGCUUCGGUCAAGCCAUCGCUUCGUUCGCUGCUAACGAGCUGCUUGCUUCAUUGCUUGUACCAAUGUUCUUCCUAUUCGUCGUGUCAUUCUGCGGUGUUGUUGUGCCCUAUGUAGCACUGCCUACUUUCUGGAAGGCAUGGAUGUACUGGCUCUCGCCUUUCAAGUAUCUCCUUGAAGGACUGCUCGCGCUUGUCACCCACGGUCUACCAAUAGAGUGCGAUUCUCAAGAACUUGCCAGCUUCCCAGCUCCUCCGGGCCAGACUUGCGAUGCCUAUGCCGGACCAUACGCUCAACAAUCAGGCGGCUAUGUCAUCACCCAAGCCAACGGCCUUUGCGGUUUCUGUCAAUAUAGAGAUGGAGAUGCCUUUGCAGCAUCCUUUAAUGUGUACUGGACCUACGUCUGGAGAGACUACGGCAUAUUCUGGGCGUACAUCAUCUUCAACUUUGCUGUUGUGUUUGUUUGCUCCUGGUUGUACCUGCAAGGUGUUGGUAAGAUCAAGAAGUUCUUCAGCCCGGUUGCGAGAAAGCAGAAGAAAGCCGCUAAGCAACGAGAGCAUGAGAGUCAGAAUGAGAAGGCUUGA